AGCAGCCAUACGGUACCCCUCAACCGUAUGGAAAUCAGUAUGGACAACAGCCCGCUACCCCACGUGGACCUGCAUUUUCUGGAAUUCCAGGUUCGGCAUUGUGUAAUCUCACUUCUGGUAGUAAUUGUACUAUUUAUCCUCCUAUUUCUGCUACUCACAUUUUCAGUGCAGGUUUUCCAUCUGUGGAUCAGUCUUAUCAGUCUCCUCCACCUCCAGUUGUUUGCCAGUUGUGUUUUUCUCCAGGUCAUUCUGCCCUACAGUGCUCUCGUUUUACUGGUUCUUCGACACCUGCUCUUGCUGCCAUUCCUACUGGUGAGACCAAUGACUCAGUUUGGUACCCUGACUCUGGAGCUUCUGCUCACAUGACUCCUCACGAAGGUACCAUUGACUUGAAAAAACAAGUUUGGCUAAGUAAAUUGGGACGGAGGGAGUAACUAAAAAGGAGUUGAUAGAGUCGUAGAGAUGUGAAAAGAAGAGUGCACAACAAGAGUGACCAGAAGCGGACGGGUAGGCCUCGUGCCUAGGGUUUGGAGCGGUGAUUAUCGAUCCUCCGCGGCUUUCUUAUCGACGGCUGAUCUCUUUCCGGCAAGGUGCAACUUUGGUCUGGGCGAACUCUAUUUUCGCAAUAGUUCUCUGCUCGGCGGUGCAAAAUCUAGGCGGAGGUGUAGGGUCUUCCUCAGGCUCGGCUCUGGUUCAUUUGCAAGCAGGAGGAGGCCACAGAAUCUCCCAGGGCAGCGUCGGAUCUGGUCCUGGAGGAAGACGAAAGAGCUCUCAGUUUGGUAAGUAGGUCCAGAUUUGCUGUUUUCCCAAAUUCGAUGUCGUUUAUGUCCAAUGGCUUUGAAAGCUACUGUGGUUAGGUUUGGGAGAUCUGACUCUCAGAUGAUUGGGUUGACUAUUCUGGCUUUGCUAGUGUUUGAGAUGAAAGCUACACCACCUGUGUUUGAUCUGGGUGGAAUUUUGGCGGUGAGGAGUCCGGUAGAAGAAGCGACUUUGGGAUCCAGUUCGGUGCUUGAGGGAUCAAUGCGGGUGACUCAGGGGUGGGGGACGAAGACAGAACGUGGUUGACUCGUCCCCCUCCGGAACCGCCACCACAGAGGAACCCCAGGACUAGCGUAUGGAUUUUACUGUCCAACCAGUCGUCAGGCACAUCACUGAGAGGCACCGACCGGCAGCUUUGGGGGUUGAAUAAGGCAGAGAGCCAUGAAGACCUUUUUUAUGUUUGCUGUUUUUCCUUUUAUUUUGCUCACGUUGUUUUUAUCAUUAUUUUGAACUCUAGUGGUAGGCUGGUGUUUGUUUUUCUUACUUGGUUUGAGAUGCUAGUGUUGGUGGAAGUGAUAAGGCUUGUUUGGCCGUUAAAAACUUCGAAACUCUCACAUGGUUCGCGAAUAGUCUCGCUCCUUAUGGGGUGGUCUAUUCUAAAUCUAGCCAGAGAGUGGGAGGGCCUUUGGGCUAUGCGGAGCCUCACGAGGAGGUUUGAUGUUGCAAGGGGGGAAGUACUCUUAGAGUUUUGAUUGAGGAGUUUGGC